GAGAAGUUUUGCAAGUGGUGCGGCCAGUCCAGCCUCGACGUCGAGUGGACUCGCGGCGGUCAAGGAUGCACACGCAGGAAAUGCCAGAGCUAUCUGCAGUGGAACUGCAGCGACAAGGACGACAAGGCGAAGCUGGAAAAGAAGAUCGAGACUGGAGGAGCGGAGGCGCAGAAAGAGUUCAGAGAGGAGCGGGGCGGCAACUCUUGCGAAGACGGUUCACGGCGCCCCAAGAGGCCCAGGAAAUCGAUAUCGACGAAGAACGUUCUCAAGAUGGAGGGCAAAAUGAAGUGUGGGGUUUUCUGGCCAAAGCACAUCUACGAGAAACACUUCAGCAAGAAGUUGCCGCCGAGCGCCGAGACCUCGUACAAACAUGGUCACGCCGAGCUCAAAGGAAUCGUACUCUCAUCGUCGAUCCCGUUCGUUGAUGGGUGCAUUGAGCUCUCUUCGACAUCUGCCCAGGAGGUUCACGUGCACACGGAGCUCCCUGCGAACGACCCUGACAGUGCGUUCAAGAAGGUGGCCAACAAGUUGAAGCCUACAAUAACCGAGUGCAACGACAGUAGUAAAGCGGCCGGGGAUGCGAAUGGCAACUACCUGAACGUCAAGCUGUCCUCCGGGAAGAGGAGGAAGAGGGGUGAAGACAGCGACGAUGAGGAUUACGACCCCUACGACGCUCUUUUCGGGCCCAUUCUCAGUGGUAAGAGCAGCAAGGGCCAGGCUGGCCAGGGCAACGUUGGCGGUGAAGGCGGCGACCGCAAGAAGCGAGCAGACGCCGAGCAGCUCGCAAAGACAGUCUUGUUGGAGAGCCAGGGCGUGAUCACGAGGCUCGAAGACGAGCAGAUGGUCCACGGCGUCACGACGGCCAACGUGAUUACGAUCAAGAAGAAGUUGAACGCCGCUCUAGGACCCGAUAAGAUUAAGAUUCUCACGGCGGGCUCGGAGGAGUUGAUCACUGGCGCCAGCGGCACCGUGGACAACAUCGACAGGCUCCUCGGCGAGCUCAACGAUGUCAAUUCCAAGAUCGAUGCAGCUGCGCCUUUGGUCGCCAAGCUGCAGUCCAAGGGGGAGGAGCUGGGGGAGGACGGCGAAUCUUUGCUCGAGGCCAUGUCAUCCGCGCGUUCCUCAGGAUUGCGAGUUCCAGAAUCACUGACGUUUUCCGUGCUGAAUCGUGGCCUGUCCAAGGCCGCUGGGGACAAGGACUACGAGCGCGCCGCGGCGGUGGUGCAGUGGGGCAGCAGUGGCGCGAGUGGAGCAGGAGCAGGAGUCUCUUUGCAGGUUCAGGUUCAAGAUCCUCUGAAGGCUGCUGUCAUCCAGGAAAAGUUGAUCAUGCGGCAGCUCCUCGACACAGUCAGAACGACGGACACUGGCAAGCCUGACUCAGUUGAGGCGAUGAUGAAAACGCUCCAGGGGCUCUCUACAGUGAAAAUCAUCGAGGACGUCCAGGACACCAGCACAUUCAAGCCCCAAUUGGACGACAUGGCCAAGAUGUUGAGAUGCAUGCCUGUCUUCAGCGACAGCCUUGAAGUCGGGGCGAGAUCCGCUGCUUUGACGGAGGCAGCGGCUGCGAAGACUAAGAUUUCUGAGGAUCGCAAUCACAGGUUCCACAAGAUAUUCUUCUUUCUGCCCGCCGGGCGGCACAUCACGGCAAGGAUCGACGAGCAGGUGUUGCAAUCCAAGCAAGAUAUCCAGACCUCGCAGAAUCUUGACAAGCUGGUCACGUCGAUCACCAAUGUACCAUUAUUCACGCCGAAGGAAGACGCAGAUCUCCGGAGCCCUAUCACGAUCGACAACCGCAAGAAUCUCAAGACGUUCUGCAUCAACGUUCUCGAGCUCGAUGGGAAGCUCUCGGAAGAAUACAAGCAGGUCAACGCGACGAAGAUGAAGCAAGUCUUCGAUCAUCGGGAUGCCAUCGUCGAAUCCAUCGUUGCGUACUGCAGGUCGCGCCAGAAGCUCGCCCUAGAGGACGCGGUCAAGAGAGUGAACCAAGUCUUGAGACUCACGGACGGGCUCAACGGCAACGUCGACGGCGAGAUUGCCACCCAGAUCGUUGAGUUAUUCGAGAGGGCGCUCUCCGAGUUCGCGCCGCUGAAGCAGCUCGGCAUCAGCGACAUUUUCGGCACGGAGAAGACGAAGCAGAUCGACGAAGUCUUUCAGGCGGGCAAGGUGGCCGUUCAGCACAUCAAGGAGAUGAUCCCCUCCAUCGUCGAGGUCUCCAAGAAGAAGUCGCCCUUGGAUGUCAGGACCUCCCAGCUCAAGGGCUUGGCGGAGUGGUUUGUGCAGCUCGGGCCAACAGGCUCACGCGUGGCAAGUUGGUCUGGGACGGAGACCUACAAGUUCGAGAAGUGGCUGAAGACCGAGGUCACGAGAGUUCUCAUCGCGAAGGUCGUGCAGACGAUUACGCCCUUCCAGAGUUUCGCGAAGCGGGUUGCCGAGUGGCUCGACAAGACCGCGGAGCAGCAGGGGGGUGUUGAUCCAACAGAGGCUAUACUUCAGGAUUCGACCGCCUUCGCGAAAGAGAUCUUUGUCAAGGAUCAGGUUGGCGAGGUCACCGAGUUGGCAAGCCUCGCCCGCUUGGACGUUCACUUCGACAAAUACGCCAAGUGGCUCGGCGUGGGCUUCAACUGCAGCACCGCGCCCGUUACGAUCCGUGCCGGCCUGCUCAUCUUGUCCCAGCCGAUCUUGCACGUGGGUCAGCGAGUGGUGAGGAGCGAGGAGUUGUCUAAAACCUUUGCCCAGGCUGAGUUGGCUGCAAAGGGUGAUCCGCACAUCAAAGCAAUCCAGGAAGUCCACUCCAGCGUUCAGUUUGUCGUCCUCGCGGAGAGGAUGGUCAACUCGGUGAAGUCUUCUGAAGGCCUGGGGCCAGGUGUUCUUGAAAGGGCGCUGUCCAUCCUCAAGGUAAGCCGCGAGCGGUUUCAGGCCGCAGUCUCGGCGAUCAUCGACUCGGCAAUCAAGGCAGGUGACAAAUUGAUUGUGGAUCUGAAGCAGCUGAAGGCGACUGAGGCGUUGUCUAAGUUGUGCAACCUCAGCGCCGAGGGUGACUUCACCACCGAACGCAUCCAGGUCAUCAUGGACAUUGUCAAGAACGAUGAUUCCGUGAAAUUCUACAGAACCUUCAAGAAGUCCCAGAAGGCCAAGAUCUGCUUGGAUAACAUUCGCAACAACAGCAUCACCGUCAAGGACGUGAUGGGCAUCGAGCUCGCCGUUACCAAGCUGAACACGUGCAUCGACACUUACUCGGACGAGGAAUACGCUGACUACAAUAACAUGAUGGGGAUUCUGCUUUGCUCGCAGACGAUCUGGCGGGACCUUCAGCCCGGCGAGUCUCGCGACGCCCUGGCCGACCAGUGCGCGAAGACCGUCCAGGACCUCACCAUCCCGGCCCCGCUUGCGAUCGCGCUGAAGCAGCUCGCGACCAAGGGCGCCAAGGACGAGACGGGCAGUGACCAGCCUUCGCAGCCGGCGCCCUCGGAUCAGGGCUCAGUUUAA